AUGGAGCGAGAAAAAGCACACCAUGAAGGAGGGCGGAGGGGCCAAGACGAAGCAAUGGCUGAUGGACAACCGGACUAUGGCGGACCAUGCCUUCGCUUGGGCGCGCGCGAGAGGCCUCGUGAGCAAGAACCCGAUUCAUGGCGAGGAAGAAGCGGAUAUUCCCUUGGACAAAGAGUGGACUCGAACUACGGAGAGUGGAAAUCGCACCGAGUUUCAGGGGGUGGCAGCAAUGGAUGUGUCUUGCUAGCUUACAUGUGUAGUGCGCAAACAUGUCCCUCUCAAUCCCGAUUAGGAAGCCCCCUAUAA